GCGCGUGGGUGGAUUGCCACUUGCUGGUGACGACGACAGAUGCCGGUGCUACGGCUGCAUGCAGGGGAACGAGUAGUCUGCGUUAGUAAAUCGCAAGCGCCAGAUCUCGAAGCAAUUGGGAGUUUGCUCCUCCUGACGUCUUCAUGGGGGAUCGAGAACUCCGUAGCUUACCUGCUAGACCCUUCCGCCACGCGCGGGGGACGACGAGCCGGCCGGAAGAAGCACGGGAGGAGCACACGUUGUAGGCCAGAGUUGGCCGCAGGACAGAGAGGUUCGCCAUGGCGGCGAGGCUUCGAGCAUCCAGGCUAACGAAGCCGGGGCGACGGGGAUGUCUGGCAGGCCCUUUUCAUCUGCUCGCGACCACUGCCGGGGGCCGUCGGUGAAGCAGAGGAGCUAUGGCAGGGAAGCAGCUCCAAGAUACCGUGUCGAUUGGCGAAAAGAAAGCGACGGUACGCAAUGGGUAGAGAGAAAGAUGGGAGGGAGGAAGGAAGAAGAGAAUGGGAGAUGUGAAUUGGAUAGAGUUGGGAUUGACUUUUGCGGCCAAAGAAGAGAACAAGGAGACAACGGGCUUGUACCGUGUCACGUUUUGUUCGGCCGUUGGACUCGUUCCAUGCUCGUCCUCGUCUUCGUCCUCGUCACUACUUUGAGCUGCCUUCUCCCCCCCCUCCCUCGUCCAUCACCCGCGCAUCCGGAUCCUUGUUCUCUCCCACCAUGGCCACCCCCCCAGGUUCGUUGCAUCCCAAGACGGGAAGUGCAGAAUCGGUUCAGGCGUGUCGCAGAUGUCGCGGCGCGAGCUCCAAGCUCCUCCAAUCAUUACUCGACCUGGAGAUUGUUUGGAGUAGUCUGCGUGGUCUGCCAAGUUGGCUUUUUACCCCCCCUUCCGCAGCUCUUUACGGCCUGUUCCAAGGUUCCCCUCAUUGGCAUGUGGCGGUAGAAAGCGCGGUACUUUGUGGGAGAACACCUGGAGGAGAGACAGUGUCGCAGACGCUAGGUAGAGUACAUGUUGUAUGAGAGUUUCGACGGAUGUGGUCAUUGGUGGUGUGAGGUGUUGGUGGAAGUGGUC